AGACUCGCCUGAGUCCUGGGCGCAAACAUGGCGUCCUCCACCUCUACUCGGACUCCGGCUGGGAAGCGAGUGGUGAAUCAGGAAGAACUGAGGCGCUUGAUGAGGGAGAAGCAGCGCCUGAGCACCAACCGGAAGAGGAUCGAAUCUCCAUUCGCCAAGUACAACCGUCUGGGGCAGCUGAGCUGCGCACUGUGUAACACCCCGGUCAAGAGCGAGCUCCUGUGGCAGACCCAUGUUCUGGGAAAGCAGCACCGGGAGAGAGUAGCGGAGCUGAAAGGCGCCAAAGGAGCAACCCAGGGCCCGUCGACCGGCACUGUACCUCAGGCCACCAAGAGGAGAGCGACGGAUGUGGAGAGCCAAGACGCCAAGAAAGCCAAGGCCUCCGCGGGACCUCAGGUACAGCCCUCCACCUCAGCCUCGUCCGCCAACUUGGAUGCCGCUAGGGCGGCCCCCAGUAAACCUGGACUCGGUUUACUGCCUGAUUAUGACGAUGAGGAAGAGGAGGAAGAAGAGGGAGGUGGAGAAGAAAGAAGGGACAGCAGCAAGCAUCUUCCGGAUGCACAGGGCAAAGAACACUCGCUUGCCUCUCCGAGGGAGACAACAAGCAAUGUGCUGCCAAACGAUCCGUUUAAUACAAAUCCUCCCAAGGCCCCCUUAGUUCCUCAUUCAGGGUCCAUUGAGAAAGCAGAAAUACAUGAAAAAGUGGUGGAAAGAAGAGAGAACACCGCCGAAGCAUUACCAGAAGGGUUCUUCGACGACCCUGAGGUAGAUGCAAAGGUCCGGAAGGUGGAUGCCCCAAAGGAUCAGAUGGACAAAGAGUGGGACGAGUUUCAAAAGGCUAUGAGGCAAGUCAACACUAUCUCUGAAGCGAUCGUUGCUGAAGAGGAUGAGGAGGGACGGUUGGACCGGCAGAUUGGAGAGAUUGAUGAGCAGAUAGAAUGUUACCGCCGAGUGGAAAAGCUGCGGAAUCGCCAGGAUGAAAUAAAAAACAAACUUAAAGAGGUUUUGACCAUAAAAGAACUUCAGAAAAAGGAAGAGGAGAAUGUGGACAGUGACGACGAAGGAGAAUUACAGGAUUUGCUGUCUCAGGACUGGAGGGUAAAGGGGGCUUUGCUGUAAGGUUUUGAAGACCCAAGCUUUCCAUCAGUCCCCGCUGUCCCUUAAAAAGUGCUGUGUCCAAGUUCUUGGGUUCCUCUGACCUUGGAUACCCCUAAUUGUUGGGAUAAAGUAAGCCAGUGAGGAGUAAUACUUUGGGGAUGGUACUGUGUGCGGUGCUAUUUAUUAUAAAAUGUUUGAGGUAAAACCGUUUUUGACAUUUUUGAAAUUAUAACCACAAAUUGCCAACUUUUUCAUCUUUACAGGUUCAAUGUGGUUUUUCAGUUGUAAAAUCUAAGUUGUAAAUAUUGCACAUAGCUAAGUAUAUAUUUAUAUAAGUCACUCUGUUUUGAUCCUUAUAUUAGUCAGAUAAAAAAGACACAUGUUUAUAUGACCUCGAUGUAUAUAUAUUUUCAAGCCUUAAACUCCAAGGGUUGGCGCUUUGGGAAGGUUGUUUUUAGAAGGCCACUCAUAAACACAUAUUCUUCAUAAAGCAGUGGAUGGGUAUUCUUUUUUCAAAAGCAUACAGAUGUCCAGACUCCAGCACAGUGUUUCUUUUGACAAGAUCAAUGAUUGCUAAGUUGUACAUCAGUAUCACCUGUGAAACUUUUGAUUGUUCAUGGAAUGUCAAAUCGCCUAUGAAGCUUUAGUGCCUGAGCCCCAUCUUAAAGAGGUUUUGACCAUAAAAGAUUCCAUAAAUUAAAUGGGAUCCAGAUGACAAUAUUCUUGACUAUUCCCAGGUUAUUCUAGUAUUUGCCCAGGUUGGAGAUUCAGCUGCCUUAAGUGUAAAACCUAUCUAUAUAUUUUUCAGGCUUUGUUUUCCUUGAACAUGCUCUGUAGUUUACUGUACUCCCUGCCCCCGAGUGCUGCUAAACAGAUCAGAGCUAUGGGAAUGCUAGGCAAGUAUUCUCCCACCACCAAGCCAGUUUUCAAAUGAAGGAAAUAUUACCCCAUUGAGUUGGAAAUUUUAUUUUUGUGGUAAAUCAGGCUUGUGUUUACAGGUUCUUUCAAUGGCAGGAAGAUAGGUAAGUUGCUAGUAAGGCAAUGCCAGUUACCUUAUUCUAGUUAUUGAUAUUUUAAAGUUUUCCUUGCUUUGGAGGAUGAGUGUUUUAUAUACAGCAUCUUCCAAUUUACUAUAAUAGCUAAGACAUACUGUUCUAAGCCUAGGCCAGUCAGGAUUCUAAGCACUUUACAUAUAUUAACCCAUUCUAGCUCAGGUUUUAUAAGGAAAACCACCAAGAAGAAAAGGCCUGAAAGCCUUGAAAACUGGAUGUGGUGCCUCACCCCUGACAUUGCAGCUUUUGGAAGGCUGAGGGAGAUGCAGCCUGGACUAUGUAGUGAGACCUUGUCUAAAAUAAAAAAAAAAAAAAAUCCUUUAAUUCUAAAGAACUGUUUUUACAGGCAAUGUGGAAAUAAAUGGAGGAUUUGGGUUUUUUUAAACUGAAGAAGUCUGUGACAAUUCGGUGUUAUUCUAGUUGUAGUGUGUGGUAUGGAAGAAGUCUAGGACAAGGAACUGGGAAAUUAUGUACACAACACUUCAAAAGUUAAGCGACUGAUUAGUUAUGGACUAAGAGGGUGGGAAUAACAAUUUCUCAGGAAGAGCUAACAUUUAGUAACUAGAAGUAGAAGAAAAAAAUGUAGAAGGGACAGGAAUAGGAAUGUCAAAGGACUUUUUUUUUUUUUAAUGAUUUAUUUAAAUAUGCAUUGGUGUUUUACUUACAUGUAUGUCUGUGGAAGGGUGUCAGAUCCUCUGGAACUUACACGCCAUUGUGAGCUGCCAUAUGGAUGCUGGAAUUGAACCCGGAUCCUCUGGAAGAGCAAUCAGUGCUCUUUAACCACUGAAGCAUAUCUCCAGCCCAGGAUUUUCUUUUAGGUAUGAAUACCAAGAAGACAUUGUCUGACUUGGUAUGUGCCACACAUGAUUAAUAAUCUUGCUCCUUAUGACACAAAGUCUGAAUUCUUUUUUUUUUUUUGGUUUUUUGAGAGGGUUUCUCUGUGUAGCCCUGGCUGUCCUGGAACUCACUCUGUAGACCAGGCUGGCCUGGAACUCAGAAAUUCACCUGCCUCUGCCUCCCAAGUGCUGGGAUCAAAGGUGUGCGCCACCAUGCCCGGCUACAAAGUCUGAAUUCUUAACUGUCAACUAUUAGCUAUUUCAGUUUGAAAAUUACAAAAAGUGCGCCACC